CGUUUUUUUGGCCAAGGUAUGUCAGUUCAUUUUCGUUAACCGACAGUGACAAUCGCACCAAACCCCACCCAAGCCGCACAAUGAAUCCUCUGACGGUUGUUGCAGUCCUCUCCUCGAUGGCCCUUUCCGCUCAGGCUGGUCUGGCGCCUUUCUCCGCACCCCUGGCGGCGGCUCCUCUGGGCGCUCCUCUGGCUGCUCCCCUGGGCGCUCCUCUGGCUGCUCCCCUGGGCGCUCCUCUGGCCUACUCGGCACCUUUCGGAGCUGCUCCGUACUUUGCUGCUCCGGCUGCGUACUCCGCUCCCUAUGUAGCAGGUGCUGCUCCCUAUGUAGCGGGUCCUGCUCCCCUGGUGGCUAAGACCUAUGCUGCUGCUCCCUUCGCCGCUCCUCUGGCUGCUCCUCUGGCCGCUCCCGUGGCUGCUCCAGUUCUGGCCAAGACCAUUGCUGCUCCUCUGGCUGCUCCAGUUGCCGCUCCCCUGGCUGCCCCCGUUGCUGCUCCUCUGGCCGCUCCAGUCGCUGCUCCCAUUGCCACCGAGAUCGUCGAUGCCCACCCCCAGUACAAGUUCGCCUACGACGUCCAGGACACUUUGACCGGUGACUCCAAGACCCAGGAGGAGACCCGUGAUGGUGACAUCGUCCGUGGAUCCUACUCCCUGAUCGAGCCCGACGGUUCCCGCCGCAUUGUCAGCUACUACGCCGAUCCCAUCAACGGAUUCAACGCUGUGGUCCAGAAGGAUGUGCCCGUGGCCGUUGCCCCAGUGGCUCCAGUCCUUGCCAAGACCGUGGCCGCUGCUCCCGUGGCCCCAGUGGUGGCUGCUGCCCCAGUGGCUCCCGCCUUCGCCAAGACCCUGGCUUCCCCCAUCGUCGUCUAAGGAAAAGGAGGAGAAAAAGGAAGGAUUGACCGCAACUCGACAAAGGACUUUCAUCUGUACAUAUUCGAUUAAUCAUUGUCGUGCUUAAAAAAUAACUUUCAUCGCAAAAAACUAAAUAAAAAAAAUUUUGAAAAAUAA